GAUCCGCGCGAGCUGCGAGGAGAAAGGAGGAGGUCGCGCGCUUCGUGUAACUCCAUUCCAUGCCCGCCGGGUGACGACGGACGACGACGAGGACGAUGAGCGCCAUCGGCGAGGAAUGAGUGAGUGAGUGAGCGAGCGAGGGAGUGAGUGAGAAUGCUGUCAUUACGCUCCUGCUGCUGCGCUCGGCCUCGUGCGGCGCAUUGCGCUCGAAGAUUGCCCCCGAGGGGGCAAGGCAGAAUCGACGCGAGGGGCAAAUGGAGGCGCAGCGCGGAGCCGAAGCGCUACCAUGGAGCGGCGGUCGACACGACGGGGGGAGCCGGCGAGGGUAGCGCUAAGCGGCCGGUGGCCGAGGAGCGGUUCGGGGGGGACCGGGUGCGCAGGUACUGGCAGGACGAGGCGACGGGGGAGCUGAGAGUCGAGGAGGCACCGGUGGCAGCAGGUGCAGGACGGGGGGCAAGCGCGGGGCUAGCGGUGGCGGACUUCGUUUUGCCCGCGGGGUAUCCGAAUUCCGUGUCGGACGACUACCUCGAGUACAUGCUGUGGCAGUUCCCGACGCACGUGACCGGCUGGAUCUGCAGCACGCUAGUAACCUCGAGCCUGUUCAAGGCCGUGGGGCUAGCGGACGGCGGGGGCACGUACGCGGCUGCGGCUACAGCCACCAUCAAGUGGGUGACUAAGGACGGGCUUGGCGCCGUGGGGCAAUUCGUGGUCGGCGGGCGCUUCGGGAGCAUUUUCGACGAGGAUCCGAAGCAGUGGCGCAUGUAUGCCGAUCUGAUCGGCAGCGCCGGCAGCGUGUUCGAAUUGCUGACGCCUCUGGCGCCCGAUCAGUUCCUGCUCCUGGCAUCGCUGGGGCAUCUCACCAAAGCCGUGGCCAAGGGCUUGAAGGAUCCGUCGUUCCGCGUGAUUCAGAACCACUUCGCAGUUUUCGACAACGUGGGCGAUGUGUCCGCCAAGGAGGAGGUCUGGGACGUGGCGGCGAAGCUCGUGGGGCUCGCCAUUGCCGUGCUCAUACUCUCGUGGCCCGCCCUCGGGCUCAGCACCUCGUACGCAAAGCUCGUCCUCACGUGGAUUUGUAUUCGGGCCUUGCACCUUCUGUUGCGCCAUCAGUCUCUGUCGGUCGUGCAGCUCUCGACUAUCAAUUACAAGCGGGCUGCCAUUCUGAUCCAAGCUCAUGUCGAGGGCCGUGGCCCCUUGCCUGGCGUGCUGGAGUGCAAUCGGAAUGAGCAGCUGUUGAUUCCAUGGCAGAUGAUGUCGCCGCGCAUCUGGGUCGGCUGUUCCUUGCAAGACAUCCUCGAUCUGUGCUCCUCCGAUCCCUCCCCUCCUCGGAUCGAUGAGCUGCUCCGCCUGUACAGCGAUGAGCACUACAUUCUGGUCGUCUCUGGACUCGAGGCUCGCGUUCUGAUGAAACAGGGCGCGUCCAGCGCGUCCAUCUUGCGCAGCUUGUGGCAAGCUUAUUGGUUAUUCUCUCGACCUUCUGCCACCUCCGGCAAUGACAUCGGGCGAUUGAGAGCAAGUCUCGACGCUUUGGAGCGCAACUUUGCUUCGUUCAAAACGGAGCUCAAAGCCUCGGGCUGGGAUGCGGAUCGAAUCGCCAUUAAAGUUCCUUCAGUGUCUCCUGUGUUUCUGCAAUCGCCCUAAUUCCUGCGGGCCAGUCUUUCGCCAAAUUUCGAAUCACGUUAUUCUGAUCGAUCUCCGCAAUCCGCUGUUUCUUCACGGCUGUAGAUCGUUCACCAGACGUAUAGCUGUAGGUGUUGUCAAAUUUUGGUGUGAUCCACCUCAAUGGAGGAAAGAGCAAUGAUGACAAGACCAAGGGCAAUCCAGAGCUGGAACCUUUGGCAUUAAAAGUUGUAUGGAAUGUAGCCAACUGCAAGAUACUCACAGAAUUGUUGCCUUAGAGAGCAACCUCUCCGUGUCAGUUCGACGCCAGAGCUUCUGAUAACGUCGAGUCGAGAAUGCCGUGAAUUCAUUUUCGACUGAAAUCGAGUUCGACCUCCGUCAAGCACAGAAGAAUUUUGUGUCAUUGACAUACUGUACAGAUUCCUCUUUGAAACGUAUGUGAUUGACUUCAUCAUUACGUUUGCUACAAUAAUCAAAUCACCACACAGUUACUCUGAGUUAUGUUCC